AUAUAACUAAAACGUCACAGGAAGUAAAUUAAUUGAACUGUGCUGGGGUAGUCUGGUCAGCUGUCAAAGUGAAACUCUUUGUUUAAGAAUGGAACCGUCCGAAAAAGUCCGUAAACAUCAUACUGCUAUGGUAUUUGAGCUUGCGGAAUGUUUUUCACCAAAAGACCAGGCUUGGAAUUCCAUUAUCAACAAAUGCCUUUCACUGAAAUACAUCAGUGAAAGGGAAAAGGGCGACAUUACAAGCAUGGAGGAUCUCUGCAGAUGUUUAAUGAAAAAUGAAAUAAUUAACUACGGCGAUUACAAGAACUUGAAAGAAAUUAUAGGAAAUCAUGGGAAAGCCAAGAGAAUAAUUGACAAGUACACGAAACUGAUCCGAGGUAAAAAGGACGGUCCUGGAAGUGACGAAGAUGAACCGUCCAAUACACCCAAACGACGCAAAGUUGAAGAGGAUGAUUCACAUCAGUUCAGAAAAGAGAUGGACAAUACCCAUGAUGCACGGAUCAUUGAUGUAUGGGGACGUGCGAGGCGAUCUGUUGGGCUUAUAAAAGGACCUGUAUCUGGAGGUACAGGAUUUAGAGUAGGCACGGAUUACAUAAUGACUGCAUACCAUGUAGCGGCAGAUAUAACAAAGCAACACAAAUCUGAUAAAGAGAAUUGGGCUCAUCUAGGUAAGGAAAAUGUGUGGAUCGAGUUCAAAUUCCCGGAAAAAUAUGUUGGUAAAAAGUUUCACUUUGAACCAAACUGAUAACAGGAUCCAAGGAGCUUGACUACGCAAUUUUAGAACUUAACCGUGCACGUACUGAACUAGAAA